CUAUCUCUACAUAGCGAAAUCAGCACCAUAGGCUCUGGCGUCUCAUUCGUCCACGUCGUCUGUAUUUCUCAACCGUUGGAUUCCCACAGAGCUUGAUCGAGUCUUUCGUCUCUAGCACCAUCCUCGUCAUUUCUAGCGAGUGCUAGACUAUCGCGAUGCUUCCGUUAACGGUGACCCCAUGGUGUCUCGAGCUUGAGGCCCUUGUUCCCCUCCGCUGCCAACCUGCCAUCGCCGCCUCAAGUCAUCCACCAUGGGGACUCGGCUGCCUUGUGCCGCGUCUCCGCUCCUCGUUGCAUCGCUCUCGCCGUCAUCUUCGCCGGACGCCACCUUCCCCAAUGGCCCACCACGGCUAGAAUCGACGGUGUUGCUCAGGGCGGACGUGAAGGAGCUAGCUUGUGGCCAUGGCAGACCACCGUGGAGGGAGCGGAGCGGAGCAACAAGGAUGUUAGAGGCACGACUCAGCAAGCUCUCCGCUGACACUGCAGCGAGUCUUCUCCGGGCCAGCCUGUACCGCCACCUGCGCCCUCUAAAAUGUAGUCCUGCCAUGUCUCGGCUGCUGCUCACCUCCCCAUGUGGGACGGGCACGGCCGUCCACCUCGACGAGGCCCGUGCUCCCCUGCUUCCUCCACCAAUGGAUUCCUCAUAUUCGUACAGGGAACCCGUGAUCUAAAACCUGCACAAUAGGCAACAGAGUACCUAGGAAAGUUCCACUUCACUGUUCAGCUACCAGAAGGUAAAUAAUUACAUAGUUGUGUAUACUUAAUUUACAGAUUUUACAUGGACACAGGCUGACAGUUCCUACCAUUGAUUUCCGCAAGCAAAAACUACUGAUUUUGUGCAAAUGGACACUGCAUUAUGUUUAAUGAUGACAAAUUAUAACAAGCGGGAAUGGGGAAAUAAUUCAGAGUUGACAACAAGCUCCAAAUUCUAUUAGCCUAAGUGCCUAACAACACUUAGUAAUUAAGAAAUAAUCAUUUUUUGAAUGCAACAGGAAUGAAAGCCCGCUUUCUCCAAAAGACAGAUUAAAACUAACAUGAUUAACUCUAUGUGGACAGUCAUAACUAAGCAGCUCCGGUUACAUUGCUAAAAUGCAGAUUUCUAUAAGAAUUGAAGUGUAUACUGUGAAAGUGUGAAUAUUUCUGCAGAUCGCAUCGGGUCCUGCAUCUCACUUGUUAUCAGAGUUACACUUGUUUUCUACUUUGCAUUAUUUUGUCAGAAACUCUUGUUUUCUGUAGUUACUGCCAUAUUUCAUUCCUUCAGUUCCUUUGUCAACUAUCUUGUAAUUUCUAUUUUUCAUCUAUGUUAGGAGAUAGAAAUGGGCCCCUAAACUGACAAUGAUGUGAACCUCAUCAAUGCUGGAAGGAUACUGCAGAAUAGAAAAACUCUUGCUGAGUCUUCAGUACUAAUUGGAUAAAUUGCUAGAUCUGUAAUUACAAUCUAUAUUGUUCUCCUAAUGUGUUUCAUUUCCUUGGCAUAAGCUCCGUAGUCCAAUACUACUAGCUUUUGUGUACUCGACUGUUAGAAGAGAAACUGUUGCUAAAUUCUACUUAGAAAAAAAAUCAAAUAUAGACCUUGGGGGCGAUUCAGCCUUGUGUCA